GACGGAUCUGCUUUGUGCGUAUUCAAAGACCCGAAGCCAUACAGACAAUAUCUGAUUUUUGCAUGCAGUCGACCAAUCCAGAUAUAGAUGGGCGGAGUGAGAGCAUACAUUCUCAGACUGAGGUGGGAGGUUUUAUAUGAAAGACUUGCGUUUAUAUCGUGCUUGAGGAUAUGGGUACACAGCACUGAUCUCGUUCAAACCGUGUGCUUCACGCGUGCGACAACCACCCGAUCCCUAAAGCUGCCAGAUAUUACGCAGUCCGUUUAAAAGCAAAAUCCACAGACUCAUUCCAUCAGUCAGCACUUUGGUCUCACCUGCACUCGCGGUGUUUGGGAGAGGUAUAGUGAUGGAUCAGGACAAGUACCUGCCAGAUCUCAUUGCCGAGAAGGAAAGCUUGGACCCGUCGUUCGUGCAUGCGUUGCGCCUUCUCGCUGAAGAAAUUGAAAAAUUUGAAGGAGAUGAGUUGAGGAAGGAUGGUGAAGUGAGGAAAUACUUGGAUAUCAUCAGCAACAAAAACAUCAAGUUGUCAGAGAGAGUGCUGAUUCCAGUACAGCAGUAUCCUAAGUUUAAUUUUGUCGGGAAGCUGCUGGGGCCCAGGGGCAAUUCCAUGAAAAGAUUACAAGAGGAAACGGGAGCAAAGAUGUCCAUCCUUGGCAAGGGUUCGAUGAGAGACAAAGGCAAGGAGGAAGAGCUGAGGAAAAGCGGCGAGGCGAAAUACGCCCAUUUGAACUAUGAUCUUCAUGUUUUAAUCGAGGUCUUUGCACCAGCUGGAGAAGCGUAUUCCCGCAUGAGUCAUGCCCUGGACGAGAUUAAGAAAUUCCUUGUUCCAGAUUACAAUGAUGAGAUAAGACAGGAGCAGCUUCGUGAGCUUUCCUACUUAAAUGGCUCAGAUGAUACAAGCAGAGGAAGAACUGUUCGGGGGCGUGGCUUACGUCUGGCCUCUGCAGCCACCACCAGAGGUCGAGGAGGUGCAGCUCCACCCCCUUCACUUGGACGAGGAGCAGCAGCACCCAGAGGAACUGUGGGUACACGCACCUCCCUCCCCACACCCACACUUGCUCGAGGAGUAUCUGCACCCCGGGCCAGAGGAUCUCCAGGGACCCCUGGAUACAGACCAUCGAUACUGCAGGUCACGCACAAAUCAUACGAAGACUAUGGGUAUGAUGAUGGUUAUGAUGGGGAAUAUGAUGACCAGAGUUAUGAGGCCUAUGAUGACAAUUACAGUAACCAGUCAAAAAGUGUCUCAGAGUAUUAUGAAUAUGGACAAGGAAAUAACGAUGAAACCUACAAUAAUUACGAAACAGUCAUUAGCAACAAUGAAGGUUAGGGUUCUUUGCCCUGAAAGCAGACUGAUUGUUUCUUCAAUGGCCCAGCGAUCACAUUUGGAGAGGCUAAUGGUGCAUCGGCUCCCAACACAUACUGUGUUUAAAUGACAGCAGGGUCAUACUGUGAGCUCAGCCAGGAGUUCAUGCCUCAUCUGAUCUGCCUUUGCAGAAGAGGAGUGGAUAUCAUCCCGACCCAACCUAAAAGCUCCAGCAUCAAGACUCAGUCGAGGGGGCUACAGAGAUCACCCCUAUGGUAGAUAUUAAAGGUGCUCCAGAUCAUCAGAUCAUCAACCUAAUUUAGGAAAUAAUCUAAAAAAGGCAUCUUAAUAAUUGAUAAGUGUUUUUAAACUCACCCCAAACCUUGGAAAUCCCAACUAGCUCCCUUGUUUUUUAUCUGAAAUUGUGGACUUCUUUGUAAAAAAAAACUUCAUGAACGUUGAAUAAAAUUGAAUUCAGUAUAUAUAGAUUUUCUUUUUCCACAUGGAAUGCUCCUUCCUUUAGUUUUCCAUUGUUUGUCCCCCAAAUGUAAAGCAUGGAAUUAGCCUCAGUCAACGACAAAAAAUGUCUUCGCCACAGUGAAGAGACUCACAUUGUACAUAACAUCUUUCUUAAUACUUCUUGAUUUGAUGACGGUAAAUACUGAGUUUGUAUAUUUAAUUUUGAUAUCAGUAUUGGGUUUGAAAGCAAUUGGCUAUGUAAGUAGCCGCAUCAAGUGCUUUGCUUUGUGUGUAGCUUGUAUUUGUACAUACAGUAUAAAAAAUGUAAUAAAAAGGAUGUAAAGCGCCUUGUGCAAGCUUCUCUAAAUAGGUGAUCAUAAUUGUUAAACUUGUGUUGCUAUAAUUGUUAAUAAGGAUGAGAUCAUUUUUGUAAAAUUAGAUAGGUUGUCUAGUACUAAAUGCCUGUUUGAGCUGAGAAAAUGGCUAAUAUGUCUUUUUAUAUACAUAAAGAAGUGCAACAAAAAGAAACCGUCAUUUUGUGUAAUAUUAGAUGAGCUACAUUAAUACAAUUAAACUUUGUUAAAUAAUUUUUAACAUUAGCUCUAAAUUGUUCAUUGACUCUUGAUUAGUCAUUUAAAUGUUUAACAUGUUAAUCAACUGUUUAGAUCAAUAAAUUGAAUCUUUUUUAACACACUCUUUAAGCUUCAGCUUAUUAAACAAAAAUUGUGACCGACUUGUCUGCACUAGCAUCUGCACUAGAGAAAGAUAUGGAGAUUGAGGAGGUAAGAACGUCCCCACAUUACAAUAAGAUGUUCCCCAGCCUUUGGUGUUACGUACUGUAACAUACAGUACGGUACAGUACAGUACAGUCAAUUCACUCACAGGAGUGAAUGGGAUCCAGUUAAAUGUAAUGCUUUAUCUUUGCUACCUACAUUAUACAGUAUAUAUAUAUUCUUCUGCUCUUUAUGUUAAUGAACAUCAAAAGGCUGGAUUUGUGUUGUAAUACCAAUGCUUUUAAAUAUUGAGGCCCCAAAGAGACCUGAACUCUUUUCUGUGACUGUUAGAACUGAAUGCUGACGCGUUUUAAGACACCGAAAGGAUGACUAGACAUUAAGCAGGUGCCAGUCUCUUUGUAAGCAGAGAUGCGAUGGAUUGAAUCAAACUUGGUGCUUUCCAGUCAGUAUGUGCUGCAAACCAGUUGGUGAGAAGCAAGAAAGCUGGACUUAUUUAGCUGAAGUGCUUGUAAACAAUCCGUGCAGAUGCUGUAUGUCAGUGUAACUUCUACUUACAGUAUCAUGGAUCCUAAAGUACUUUCACAAAUAGGGACAUUCUUGGCAGAACAUUUCUAUGAAAGAUGAACAAUGGUUUUGAAGAUUCAACUCACGUCUGGAUCGGCUCAUUUAAACCACAGCAGAGAGACAGACUGGAUUGCUUAUUGUGCAAUACUGCAAAAAUCCAAUCUGAAUUCUUCAAAGAGUCCCAAAUGCAAUCCGGUUUACAGUGAUUUACCACACCGUGGUAAAAGCUAUGUUGAGCCAGACAUUGUUUUAAGGUUUCAAUAUGGCUAAAUACAUUUUGAUGCUAUGCUGUAAGGUCUAGUUUUUAUACACUUACCUAAAGGAUUAUUAGGAACACCAUACUAAUACUGUGUUUGACCCCCUUUCGCCUUCAGAACUGCCUUAAUUCUACGUGGCAUUGAUUCAACAAGGUGCUGAAAGCAUUCUUUAGAAAUGUUGGCCCAUAUUGAUAGGAUAGCAUUUUGCAGUUGAUGGAGAUUUGUGGAAUGCACAUCCAGGGCACGAAGCUCCUGUUCCACCACA